UUUUCAAUUUGUUUCCCCUGAAGCUUUGAAUUUUUUCAAUCUAAGAUUCCCUGAAACGAAAACUAUUAUUCGAAAUUCGCAGAUUCUGUCUUUAUUUGAAGUUCGUUGACUUUUGGAGGUCUGGUUCCCGGGGACUUUGGAGUAAAAUCUAGCGAUGCAUUCCAGACCAAGAUAUCCGCCGCCGGGGAUGGGCGGCGGGGGACGUGGUGAUGGCGGCCUGAAUUCUAAUGCUAAUCUUGCUUUUCAACCGAGAAACCCUCACCAGUAUGUGCAGAGAAGUCCAUUACCGAAUCAGCAGUGGCUCAGAAGGAACAAUCAGUUGACUGCUGAUUCCGCCGUCGACGAGGUUGAAAAGACCGUACAGUCUGAAGCGAUUGAUUCGAGUUCGCAAGAUUGGAAGGCGCAGUUGAAGUUACCUCCCCCUGAUACACGCUACAGAACCGAGGAUGUGACAGCUACUAAGGGGAAUGAGUUUGAAGAUUAUUUUCUGAAACGUGAACUGCUCAUGGGGAUAUAUGAGAAGGGAUUUGAGAGACCAUCCCCUAUCCAGGAGGAGAGCAUCCCAAUUGCCCUAACUGGAAGUGACAUUCUUGCUAGAGCAAAAAAUGGAACUGGAAAAACUGCUGCCUUCUGCAUUCCUGCAUUGGAAAAAAUCGAUCAGGAUAAAAAUGCUAUUCAAUGUAUUAUCCUUGUCCCAACUCGAGAAUUGGCUCUGCAGACAUCACAAGUUUGUAAAGAACUCGGGAAGCACUUACAAAUUGAAAUCAUGGUUUCUACUGGGGGAACUAGCUUAAAAGAUGACAUUAUGCGUCUAUAUCAACCAGUUCAUUUGCUGGUGGGAACCCCCGGAAGAAUACUAGACCUUGUAAGAAAAGGAGUUUGCAUUUUAAAAGAUUGUUCAAUGCUUGUUAUGGACGAGGCUGACAAGCUUCUAUCACCAGAGUUCCAACCUUCUAUAGGGCAAUUAAUACGGUUUUUGCCUACAAAUCGUCAAAUUUUGAUGUUUUCAGCUACAUUCCCAGUUACAGUGAAGGAUUUCAAAGAUAGAUAUUUGCAGAAGCCCUACGUUAUCAAUCUGAUGGAUGAGCUUACUCUAAAGGGUAUAACACAGUUUUAUGCUUUUGUAGAAGAAAGGCAGAAGGUUCAUUGCCUGAACACACUCUUCUCAAAGCUUCAAAUCAACCAAUCAAUUAUUUUCUGCAAUUCGGUAAAUCGGGUUGAGCUUCUGGCCAAGAAGAUCACGGAGCUUGGCUAUUCUUGCUUCUAUAUUCAUGCAAAGAUGCUUCAAGAUCAUCGGAAUAGAGUAUUUCAUGACUUCCGCAAUGGUGCCUGUAGGAAUCUUGUUUGUACUGAUCUCUUUACAAGAGGAAUAGAUAUUCAAGCAGUCAAUGUUGUUAUCAACUUUGAUUUCCCAAAGAAUUCCGAAACAUAUCUACAUAGGGUUGGACGGUCAGGGAGAUUUGGACACCUUGGUCUAGCUGUAAAUCUGAUAACUUAUGAGGAUCGCUUCAAUCUCUAUAGAAUUGAGCAAGAACUUGGAACUGAGAUCAAGCAAAUUCCUCCACAUAUCGAUCAAGGUAUAUACUGCCGGUGAUCUGUGAUGGACGCUUGGAUUGAGGUUAACGGUGGUUCCAGAGAAUAUGGUGAGCUCCUUUCUGUGAAGGUACCUAAUGUCUUAGGGGGCUACUUCGAAUGGAAACUGCGCUGUCAGGGUUGGAUUUGUUGCGCUUAAAACUCUGUACGAGAAUCCCACUAUCCCGGAGUACAUAUAUCCCAAAACAGCUGAUUGGUUUAGUUAUUGUCAAUGUAUGGUUGUUGCUGACUGUUUUUCACAAAAGAAAAAGUGUUUCUCACCAUGGCCUGUAUGAUCAUACUCAUAGAAGGUUGAUGACUUCCCCCUUUUAUGUGCAGUGUGUUUCAGAUCUUUCUUUAUGCUUGUAGGCAUCAAUUUGUAGAAUUAUUAAUGAUUGAUGUUCUCCAUUGAACAUCUUCAAUGAUUUAUGUAUGGAGAAAUAUAAAGCAUCUAUGUGUAGUA